GUUCCCUUCCCGAAUAGUCACCACCAAAUAGAGCCGGAGCUAUUAAGAAUCAUUCUGGAGAAUUGGCGACUUGAUGACCUUAUAUCUGCUCAAUCGAGUAACUUGAAACUUCUCAAAGAUUUAAGCCUAAUACGACCAAAAGCAGCAGUAGAAAGCUUAGCAGCUUAUAACAAUUUGGAGUUUAAUAAACUUCACCAUUUUAGGCAGAUUUAUUAG